AUGACGUCGACGAGCGUCGCGAUCGACGACGAGUCGACGUCGACGUCGGCAGCCGGGCCGUCUUCUUCGACGGGCCAGCCCAGGAAACGAUCGGCUCGCCCUCUAACAGGUGAACUGAAUUGUUUGCAUUGGAAUCAUCAUUUUCUUCAGUAUCGAAUCUCCGAAUGCGUGCCAGAGCCGCAGCGGAACAAGAUGGUGAGCCGACGCGAGUUAUCAUCAACGUCGAAGAGGAGAAUGUCGCCGAGCAGGACGAGCCUUCGACUUCUGCCGAGGUCAUCGAGGUGCCCCUGGAGCCGAAUGAAGAACAGACCGUCGAAGAGACCCCAAUGACAGUCCCCAACGGGAAACCAGAGACGAAUGGACUCCCGGCAGGCGCCCCUGCGGUCUUGCCUCCCACGUCAGCCGCUUCCAAAUUCUCCUUGAUGACUAAGGUGAUUAUUGGACGAGAAGUUGGAGUUUGAUGUUGAAGGGAUUUAGUUUGCGUUAAACAGUGAACGGGAGAGUUAAAGGAAUAUAUAUUGAUGCUAAUGUUCAAAUUUUAAAAGCCGUAGCGCAAAAGGGUAGGUAUCUGUCUACGGUCCAAAGGGUCCCAAGUUCGAUCCCCGCCGCGGCCCAACCAAGAGUAUAAGAAAUGUUGGUAGUAGAGCAAUAAAAAAAAACUCGGCUUUAUAAUCCACAGCCGUCUUCUACGAGAACGGAUAGGUUACUAGAACCAGCUCACCGGGCGGUUUUGCGCAAAAUUACAAAUUGUGCUCACGGCGUGUCUGGUCUUACAGUAAUCGAAAAUUGGUGUUAUGAAAAAAACACCAGCGAAAAUUCAAACGGCGACUUUUCCGAUUUUUCAUAUCGCUAGGGAACUUUCCGACGGCCACCUUUCCGACGAAAUUUUUUCCGACUUUUUCCCUUAUAUUUUUCUGUUUAUAAGACAUCUAUUUACAUUUUUUUUUUCCUAUUUCUUUGUGUUUUAAUCAUGAACCAACUACCUACUUCAUAUAGGAAGAUUUAAAACGAAGAUUUUAUCGAGAAAAAAAGUCGGAAAAAGAUUUGUCGGAAAGGUGGCCGUCGGAAAGUUCCCUAGCGAUUUGAAAAAAUCGGAAAAGUCGGCGUUUGAAUUUUCGCUGGUGUUCUUUUCAUACCACCCGAAAAUUAUCAAAAUCAAGUUUUUUUUUUUCCUUUUCAUUCAGUCGCCCAACGUUCUUCUUUGUAAAAAAGCUGUUAUCUCGUAAUUAAAGCCAAAAGAAACUUAAAAAUACUUCCAAUGUUUCGAAAAAUGAACGCUUGCGUUCGGUGUACGGCCAAUGCGCACGCUUACGAACAUUGAAUUUUUCAAAACAAUAAGAGUUUUAAAAAACAAAAAACGAGACGAAGGCAUGGGUUUACCGUAGACAGAGCGUGAAAAAAAUGAAGCCGUUGAAAUUGAUAAGUUUUAUUUAAUAUUCAAUGAUUUUAGAGAAAAACAAUUACUCGAGUGUCAUUUUCGAUUUGAUUCCGCGAAAUUGAAAAAAUGCGAAAAGAUAUCUAAAUUUCGGAAAAUCAGAGAUAAGUUCGAAUUUACUGGAAACUACUUCUGAACACGGCAUAGAUGAAGUUUUUUAGAGCAUUUCGUCUGAAAUUUAAGAGUGAUCAAAAUUUUCUUCUUUCAAACUACCAAAAUAAGAGGGAGAAAAAAUAGCCUACUUCAAUUCUUCUCUUCAAAAUCAUGCGAUUUGAUAAAUAAAACGAGAUAAGUGAGGCGGGGAUUUCCCACUCAAAGAAAUCCCAUCACAAUAGCCUCAUCGUUGGCUUUUCCUUCAUUUUACCUCUCUUUUUUUCUUUUUUGUUAUUGAUUUUUUCAGCUCUUACGGCGGAAAAAUCGGGUUCAUAACACGGAGUCAACAGAGCAAAGCGAGUUCAUGCAGGUUUUAAAAGAUUUUAAGAAGAAAAAAGAGAUAAUUUUUUAGAAAUACGGUGUCGGCAAUGGUACGGGUCCACAGGAAGCGGCGGCUCCUGAUAAUGAAGCUAUCCAGGGUAAAAAUAUAUUUUUUUUCAGAUCUUUUUUUCUCGGUUUUUUUAUUUGAAUCAUAUGUAUUUUUUUGGCUCCUGGAGUUACUAUUUUUUUGGCGAAUCGAUGGUUUAAAUUCGCUCAAUAUUUUUCAAUUAAAAAUUAUUGUAUAUAUUGCGUCAAGAAUAAGCUUAUGUGUCAGGCUGGUCUGGGCCGGCCCGGGCUUCGGGCAUAAUUUUUGCAUAAAGUCCUGCCCGGGCUUGCGCCAAAAUUUUUGGAUUUUAUUAUAAAGAUUUUCAGCCUGAAACAAAGUUUCUACCAAAAAAGUUUUAUAUCAGUGAAAUCAUAAAUUCCGUCUUGAACUUGAAGUUCAAAAAAUAGCAACAAAUGUGAUCUUUGUCGUAUGAAAGCUUGAUAUUUUACUUUUAAAAAAAUUUGAGCUUUAUUCCGGCCAAUCUUUUCAUUAGAACCUGGCGAAGGUCGGGCCGGGUCGGGCUUAAAAGAUCGCCCGGGGUCGAUAGGCUGAUGGGCCGACCCUCGCAAAAGCCUGUUCAAAAACGGUGCAAGAUGAAUAAUCCAUCUCUAGCGAAAUAUCUCAUAUAUUUUCCCUCAAACUCAAUUUUCUAGGCCCAAGGUGGAAAAGGUAUCGGCACACGUACAAAACCUUCACGGUCGACCCGGCUUCCGAUAGAUAUUAUUAUUGGAAUGUGGUUGUGAGUUUCAGUUGGAAUUUAUUGAAAAUUAUAAUUUUUUUUAAACCAAAUUUGAUGAUUUAGAAUGUUUAUAGUCACAAAAAAAUGUUUUUACGUUAUAUUUCAAGCUUUUAUCCUACAAAAUUUAAUUUUUUUUGCAGGUAUCUGUGGCAUUUGUCUACAAUCUCGUGUUUGUCAUUGCCCGGCAGGUUUUCACUGAUUUAAUCGGUCCAACCGGCGUUUCCCUAUGUACUUAUGUUGAUAGAUCUACCAUUUUCAAUAGGACAACUGUCGUGGAAUGCACCAUCGAAAUGUUGACCAAUAUGAAGGUGGAUAUGCUUUUUUCCCUUUGAAAAAGCUUUUGUGAAAGCUUCAGGAUUAAACACGUUGAUUAGAGUUUUUGAGAAAAAAAAUGGAACACUUUUUCCUGAAAACUUUUUAGGAGUUAAAAAAAUCAAUUGAAAGAUUGAGCUACUGGAAAAUUGCAAGAAAAAAACCUGACUGUUUUGUGAUUUUUUUCAUUUUAAAAAUUCUUGAAAAAAAGGCAAAAAAAUAAUAUUUUUUUAUUGAUUUUUUUGGUUUACUGUAGGUGGGAAGUACGCAUUGACAGGUGUUCACGUACCAAACUUUUCUACACGCGCAAAGUAGCUUUUCUUCUCUUUUCUUCUCUUUUCUUUUCUCUUCAUUUCCUUUUUUCUUAUUUUUUUAAACUCUUUGGACUACUUAGUCAAUUUGAAAUUAUGUUCUUUGAUCUUUUGAAUGGAUAUUAUUCUGAUAGAUGGUUCUCAUCAAUUUUUUGAAUAUAAUUUUUUAAAGUUUUCAUCUAAAAUCGGACUUUUUCAGGAAAUGCCGGUGGUCAAACCUUACGCGGAUAUGGGUUGGAGUGAACAUGUGAUAACGAGAGGCCUUUGGUUCACCGCAGACGUUUUAAUGGACCUCAUUUAUUUAUUAGAUAUUUUUGUACGCACGAGAACAGGUUGGUUAUUGGAAAAAUGUGUCAAUUUUUCAAAAAACGACAAGCUUGACCUUGUGAAAAAGCAAAAAAAAAGAAUGGGCCGAACCGGGGAUUGAACCCGGGACCUCUCGCACCCAAAGCGAUAAUCAUACCACUAGACCAUUCGGCCGACGGUGAUUCCAUCAAUCUUUUGAUGGGAUGUUCUCUCUCGGCGCUGCGCGUAUCCUUUUUUGGAUCUGUCCAAAUAUCGGGAGAGAAGUCUCUCCAGUCUAUCUUUCGAUUCUGAGAUCAGAAAAAAGACGAAAAAAUGUGUAACUUGUUAAGUAAAAUUCAAAAAUCGUAAUUUUGGCCUUUAGGAAAUGGAAUUUAAGAGGACAUGUACAAGAUCUAUCAUAGAAAAGUGAUAAUAAUGAUUUCGUAGUUCUGAAAUUUUCGAAAGUUAUAAAGAAUUUAUAAGUUUUGUUUUUUUUUUCAAUCCAAAUACAGUUGAGCUGAUGAAAUUCUGUUGAGGUUUUCUAGGAUUUUGGCUUAGGUUUUUUUUUCCGAGAAUCGAAAAUGUAUUUUUGCAGGUUACUUGGACCAAGGUUUGGUGGUCCGAGAUGUCGACAAAAUCAAGAAGAUUUAUUUCGCCAGCACUCAGUGGAAGAUGGAUUUGGCCUCCAUUGUUCCAUUGGAUUAUAUCAUUGGUUUAUAAUUUUUCUGGUCGCGCUCAGAAUGGCUCAACGCGUUGCGGUUGCAUUGCGGUUCAAGUUAGAACUUCGAACUGCAUUCUGGCGCCAGAGACUUUUUAGUUUUUAUUUGCCGAGGCGGAAGUCGUUUUAGGUCGCACGCUAUAUUUAACUUUUUCGCAACCUUAAGCGUUGAGCCAUUCUCAGUGCGUAUCCAAAUAUAUAACAAAUGGACUGUUUUCGUAUAAUUUGUUUUCAGGAUGGCCCUGGCCGAUUUCUUGGUUCAGGGCGUUGCCGAUUAUCCGCGUAAAUCGAUUAUUAAGAGUUUCAAGGGCUAAAGAUUGUAUGGAGAGAACCGAGACGAGGUGAAUGGUUCAGAAAAACUUUCCUGACAACAUUUAAAUCGAACAUUUUUUUCGUAUAUUUUUCAUUUUUGAACGAGGUGUUUUUUUAAUACAAAUAUCAUAUCAACCAGCAUGGGAAAAAUCUUUAAGAGCUGAUUUUUUUCAAUUCGAGGGCUCUAACAAAAAGUUUUAUUCAAGAAAUAACCUUUUUGAACUAAAUUUUUGCAAUUUUCGGGUAGCAGAUUUGUACUUUUUUUUGACGAUGUGCCCAUUUUUUUUUACCUUUUUUCAUAUCUAGAUGAAUUGAUCCUUCGUCUUUUUUUCCGAAUCGGGCUUUUUUGCCACGGUUUUGCGCUUAACUUCCGUUUCAAUUUUUCACGAAUCAGAAAUAUGGAAAUAUUCGGACGUCUGAAGGUGCAAUGGAGUGAAAGAAUGUUUUCAGUAAUUAUUGAAAAUGUUCCUCAAAAGUUUCUCUUUUAUUGAGUCUUCUUCUAAAUCUCUCUGUUCUUCAUAAAUCCUUCCAAACAAGUUAAUUCUUUUUCCAGAAGUUCCAUGCCAAACGCAUUUCGUGUCCUUGUUGUCGUUUGGUACAUCGUUAUCAUUAUUCACUGGAACGCCUGUUUUUAUUUUUGGAUCUCUGAAACAAUUGGUCUCGGCUCGGAUAUGUGGGUCUAUGGCCAUCUCAACAAGCAGAGCCUUCCGGAGUGAGUUUCUUGAUUUUAAGGUUAAAAAAGGGGUUUUAAGCGUAUUUGAAUAGGAACUGCUCAAUAUUUGAAGAAAGUGUUCUGUUCAAUCUUGUGAAAAUUUAAUUGAUUCAAAUGUUCAUAACCAACUUCACGGAGCUCUAGGACAAAGGGAUUAUUAUUGAUUGAAUUGGAAAAAAAAAGUUUUUCUGAUAUUUUAUUAGUUUUCAGCUUUUCAAGCGUAACAACUGGGUGAUUUUUUUAGUUUCUCAACAUAAAAAAAUAUCAUAUUUUUAGAUUAUUAAAAUUGAAAUUUUUUUACGAAUUCGUUCCGAAUACAGCCUUCGGUGGUCCAAAGAAGAUAGAUUUGAAAUUUUUUUUAAAAAAAUUUUUUUUGAGAAAUAUUAUCAUUUUUUUCCCUAUAACAUUAUUUUUUUCAGCGAUGUCCCUGAUACACUGGUUCGACGUUAUAUUUACAGUUUCUACUGGUCAACACUGAUUUUGACGACUAUUGGAGAGGUCAUCUAGAAAUUUUGAAUCAAAAGAAAAAUUGUGAAGACAGUUUAGGUUUAAAAAAACGUCAGUUUUACGAUAUUUAGGGCGUUUUCUAAAGCAAAUUUUAGCCUUUUUUGACCUUUUAGAGUUGAAUUUUUAUCAUUUUCAGUAAAGAUUAACGUUCUCAAUCUUAAUAAUGUGAUUUUUCAAGCGUUUAUGAAUUUUUAAUGUCGAUUAUUAAGCAUUUUCAACUUCUCGGGUAAAGUCGGACUGGUGGAUAAUGAGAGAGGCUCCAAAAAAGCCGCAGAACGGCAGCAAUAAGAGUAUCUUUAUCGAGCCUUUCAUUUUUUCUAGGGUUCUAAAGGCUCAAGAAAAAAAAGGGAGAGGCAGCAAAAAUGGUGCGUAAGGGCCGAAAAAACGGCGCAAAAAGGCAACAAAAAAGGAGCUCUUGUCACCCUAAAAAACAUUUAAUGAAGCCCUUUUUCACCCUUUUCGACUUUGCCUAUGCUUUUCGUUUAGAAAUUAUAUUAUUUCCGACUUUUCUCCAUCAAAAUGAACGAAAAACGUUAAUUUUAGGUACCCAGCCCCGUGCAAAAUAUCGAAUUCGUCUUCGUCACGCUAGAUCUUAUGUGCGGCGUUUUGAUUUUCGCUACCAUCGUCGGUAACGUCGGCAGGUAUCGAACCAGUGACCCUUCUGGCGAAGGAGCCGACCGCUAAUCACUCGGCCAUUUGCAGCAUGAUCUCGAACAUGAGCGCCGCCAGGACCGAGUUCCAGAACAAAAUGGACGGAAUCAAGCAGUACAUGGAGUUGCGGAAGGUCAGCAAGCAGGUAAAAAUAAUCAUAUUGAGGCGAUUUUAAUAGAGGAUUUUUAGCUCGAAAUUCGGGUCAUAAAAUGGUUCGAUUAUCUCUGGGCCAAUAAGCAGUCGUUGAGCGAUCAGCAGGGUGACUUUUCCUUUUUUUUUUUAUUGGUUUUUUGAAUUUUUUUUCCAAUAAAUUGAUGAUUAUUAGUUUCUGAAAGUACCGAAAAUCAAUUUUUUCCGUUUUUUGUCAAUGUUUUUCUUGGAUAGGAACCAGCAAUCACUAGAAUACCAGCUGGAGCUCUUAGCCACUUUACCAACUUUCAAAUUCAAGAAAUUUACGCUUUGUGACUUUAAAAUGCUUAAAAAACAGAGUAGAAACAGUUGAAGAGUGAAAAAGUACUGAAAAUUGGUUAAUUAAACUUUUUUUGUUGAUAUUUUGCCCUUUUUGCGGUGAGAUUUGAACCUCUGAGACUAAAAAAGUGAUCGAAGCUCUUAGCCACUCAGCUGAAUUUUUUCUAAAUUCGAAAGUAAUUCAAAAAGUUUCUCCAAGUCCAAAAAUGAGCAGAGAUUUUUGAAGUUUGAGCUGGGCUUUUUUUGAAAUCCCACUGAAUUUUGCUUUUUUUUUUUUUGGUCACUGGAAUCCAACCUGUGACCUUUAGACAGGCUGCCAAGAAUCUUAGCCACUUUGCCAAUUUUUAAAUGAAGGAAAGAUACCCUUUUCAGCUUACGAAUGGCGUAGAAGCAGUUGAAAAAGGGAAAAAACUUUUUUUGAUUUUUAAUUUCUGUUAUUUGUGCUAUUUUUCGCUGUGAGAUUUGAACCUAUGUCCUUCAGAAUAAUAGUCGAAUCUCCUAGCCAUUCAGCUGAUUUUUUUCAAGUUCAAGAUUUUUGUUAUCCAUUCCUAGAAGCCGGAAAAUUCACAGUCGUGAGAUAUGAAGAUUUAAAAAACUGGUUUUUUGUUCCGGUUGAAUUUUGCAGUUUUAGUCGGUGGAGUCGAACCUAUGACCUUCAGAAAAAACUGUCAAGACUCUAAGCCACUUUGCUAGGCUUUAUAAUUACGGUUUUCGCUUUUUAUACAAUGUAAAGCAAGGGUUAGCAUUGAAAAACUUCAUUCAAAAUCAUUUUCGCAAGUUAUUUGUUCAUUUUUAGUUCUCAAAGUGCUUCCCGACAAGCUCCAAGCAGAAAUUGCCAUGCAAGUCCACUUUGAAACCCUCCGAAAAGUCCGCAUUUUCCAGGUUUCCUUGGAUUUUUCCCAGAUCCCACAAAAUAAUCAUUUUUAGGAUUGCGAAGCCGGUUUGUUAGCGGAAUUGGUGUUGAAACUGCAGCUCCAAGUAGGAAAUCAAAAAAAUGUCAAAAAAUUAAAUAAAUCUUGAGGUGUUCUCACCUGGUGAUUACAUCUGCCGGAAGGGUGAUAUCGGCCGGGAAAUGUACAUUGUCAAAAGAGGACGGCUGCAGGUGGUGGCUGACGAUGGAUUGCAGGUAAAAUUUGAAUAAAGAAGAAAAAGGCCGUGGUCGCACUUGGAAUGGCUUACGAAGCGUGGCGGUCAUGUCUUUUUGAGCAUUCCAUUUAUUGAAAAAUGGCGAACUUCGGGCCCAAAAAAAUCCUUUCAAGCUUCAGAAUUGAUGGGGAAGGGCUAUGUCAAUUUAUCAGAAAUAAUAAUCUUCAAAAAAAAGUUUUUAUGUCCUGAUCCGGACAAUUGAGAAGAGAAGUUUUCGAAUUUUUGAACGGAAAGUUCAUUCUCAACUUCAAUUUCGCCUCUUAAACCAAGCCAUUCCAAGUGCGACCGAAUUUCCUGUCUUUUUUAUGGAAAUAAAUUUAUUGUAGUAGAAAAAGUAUGUACUUUCUAAUAUUUUUUUGUCUUUUCAGAUUUUCGCAACGCUCUCAGAAGGAUCUGUCUUCGGCGAAUUGAGUAUCUUAAAUAUUGCAGGUAGGUUUGUUUAUUCAAUCUAAAUUUCAAGCGAAAAGGAAGGAUUUCCGUUUGGUAAGGGGAAAAAAACGAGCCAAAGUGACAUUUUAACCAUUUCCGUAUUACUGUAGUUGUCAAGUACGCAAGGGCAAGUGUCCACGUACAAAACAUUUUGAUACGCGCAAAGUGGCAUUUUUUUUGAAUAAUUUGUUUCUCGCUCAUUUUUUCUAUUUUGGUUAGUUUUCUUGAGUUUACUAAGAAGGUUUUUUUUCAGGAAGUAAGAAUGGUAAUCGAAGGACGGCCAAUGUAAGAUCAGUUGGUUACACGGAUCUUUUUGUCCUCAACAAAAAUGACCUCUGGAACGCGUUGAGAGAGUAUCCGGAUGCACGGAAGCUUCUGUUAGCUAAGGUUUUUGAUUUAUUUUUUUUUAAUUGUGUUUUUGAACUACACCGGUUUGAUACACUUGAGGUUAAAGUUUUGCAUACGGAUUUUUUUUUCGGGUUGAUGUAAUCAUUGAAAAUUUUUUUUUGUAUGUUUUGCCUGCAGGUAGAUGAUGAGAAGUGGAAAAUUUGUUUAUGUGAGGGAGAACUUACAAGUAAAAAACAACGGAGUGUAUAUAGGCUAAGAGGAGAAAUCUUGAAGAAUGUGGAAUGCUCCAGAAAAAAGAUGAAACUCAUUCCGCCUCAGCUUGUCCCGAUUUUGAUUCUCCUCCAAGGUAGAUAUCUUUCCGUUUAAACUCUCUCGUUACGCAUCUUUUGUUCAGCCUAAAUUGUCCGUUAUAUUAAAGGCGCAUACACAAAGUCAGGCCACGCGCAUCGAAGAGAAGCUUCUUGGAAGGAUUUUAAAGCUUGGAGGAAAACAAAAAUCGGGGCAAGCCUUUCGGGAAGCUUCCCUUCGAUGCGUUCGGGUUGUCUUUCGAUAUGCGCCUUUAACAUAGCGGAGGUUUUAGGCCAAAUAAAAGGCGCAAGGCCGAAGAGAAGCUUUUUGGAAGGGUUCUGUAGCUUGAAGGGAAGAAAAAUCGUGACAAGCUGGCGAAAAUGUUUUAAUGAAGACCGCCAUAAAGAACAAUCAGAGAUUUUUUUUGAGGAGAAACCAAUAAGUUUUUGUGACCGUUUUAAUAGUAACAGUUUAUUCAAUGUCAUUAUCAGACAUUAGGGAAUAAAAAAGACAAGAAAAGAAAUAUAGUCAUGUUCAUCUUAUUGACGGGGGAAAUAGCCAAUAAAUAAUAAAAUAUGGCUCACUUUGCUGAAAUCUGGUGUGGAGUCUCACUAUCAAGAAAAAAGACUCACAAUUCGGUUUUCAGGGUCGUGACAUCCUGAAAAAAGACAAUUUGUUGAUUGAAAAUGCGCCCGAAGAGCAACAAUCGGUGGAAGAAGUGGCGGAGCAGCUCAACGCCUCGGUCAAAAUCCUCCAACAUAGGUUAUUUUUGUAGACUUUUGAAAUAAAUCUUUGGGAAAAUAGGCUAGAAGUAUCAAUAAAAAAAUGAUAGUGAUAGAAUUUUACAGACUAUUUUUUCGAACGUCGAUAUUUGAAAUUUUUGGUUUUAAAGUUGGCAUUCUCAUGAAUAUGUCUUAAAAAUUGCGUUAGUUCCAGUUGAAUGGGAAGUAAACUUGAUGUAAACUUGAUGGGUUUUUAAGAAAAGUAACUGAAAAAUAUUUAUGCACAACUUUGUUGAAAAAAAAAACACUUCAAAUUCACUUAUUUGAGCCCUAAUUGGUUUCUGUCACUGCCUUGCAAUAGUUUUGAUUUCGGAAAGUUUAAAAAAAUCGAAUUUUGCUUAUAUUAAUUCUAUUUUAUCGAAGCUCUAGUUUUAUUUUGAACACUAGCCACUUUGCCGCGGAGAAAACCGUGAAAUUUGCCGAAAAUGGCUCGAAUCGAUAGGCGGCAGCGUUGGAGGAAUAACAAGACUGGAAUGGCAUCCAGAAAUGGUUGCUCACGCAGAGCAUGCACCAGUAGUGUAGCGGUAUCAUUGUACCCUCCCAAGGUACAGACCCGGGUUCGACUCCCGGCUGGUGCAAGACCUUUUUGCCAUUUUAUUAUGAAUGAUAAUUGAUGGGAAGGGCUGAGAAAACGCAUGGGGAAAUGAGUUUUGGGUCAUUUAUCGUUUGAAAUCUUUUUCUGGCUUAUUUUCCCUUUAUUUCUCAUAUUUUGAACACCACCGAAGUUAGGAAGAGUUUCAAAAAAGAGUCUUCAAAAAAAUCUUUUUAAAGCUCUUUUUAGCGGUUUUAUAGAUUUUUGUUUGAGAAAUUAUACGAAAAAAAGUAAAAAUUGUAAUGAGGAAAAGAUGAAAAUCCCUUUAAAAGGAGUGAAAGGCCUAUAAAAGCCUUCAUUUUUGAAAACUAUCGGCUUUAAAAUCGUAUUAAUUAGGUCAGAUUUUGUAAAGAAAAAAAUUUUUUUGAAUCAUCAAUUUUUUUGAAUUGUCUAGGAUCAUCUUGCGCACAUUAUAGAGUUACAAGUAUGGUCAAUAAUUUUUUUCUCAACCCUAAUUUUAUUUAAUUUGAUAUAUAUAUAUUGUAUGAUUUGCAACUUUUCUUGUCAAAUUUUCCAUUUUUUUUUCUCAUAAUCCCAUUUUCCUUGUAGAAUGGCCCGACUCAUCGGAGAGCAUUCGAGCACCGAAACCAAACUGAUGAAACGAAUCGAAAUUUUGGAAAAGCAACUCGCGAGGUGAGACUUGUUGGAUGUGAAAGAUGAAUGGAACAAAGGAGGGGAUGGAUACCAAGAAUUUCAAUGGAACGCGAAAAGCAAGGCGCGCAGAUGCUGUAAAAGAAACAAAGAUGGGAAACCGCAGAUGUGCUUUUUGAGAAUUUUUUUUAGAGAUUUUGAAGUUUGAAUGUUUGAAAGUUCUGAAGGAACACUUUGAAAUGCGCUGCCAAUGGUUCUAAAGCUUUUACUUAAAAAAUUCAAAAAUUAGAUAUUGAAGGAAUAAAUAUCUGCUGUUUUUGUAAAGUUUUUGAUUGUUAUAAUGCCGUGGUCGUUGUACUUUCCAUGAAAUUCUCUGAAGCCCCAAAAUUUAGUUAUCUUUUUCACUUUCUGAUGGCUAUUUAGAAUUUUGCAAAAUUGAACACGGCAUAAGCCUUAUAAGAGUUAAUUUUGAUAUGAAGAGAAUUUUUUCAUCGAACUUCAGCUUCAUUUUUUGCUUGGAGAAGAGGAAAAUCUUGAUUUUCGUCGUGAUAUAGCUCUUGCUUUCAUUUUAAAAAUUGGGAAAUCUCUUUUUCUUUGUGAAUCUGUCCAGUCACUUUCUUUUGUCCUACGAUUGGAACAAAAAAAUUUCUCGACAUUCGAAAAUUUCUGGCUUUUUUGAAAGGUCAACGAGACCUUUAGGUUGAGUGCGAAUGGACAUCGCCAUGGCCUAUGAUUCACGGUUACGUGUUUUCUUUUUUUUCUUUGGGAAAGUUUCUUGCGCUUUUUUGCUCGAAAGUAUGGCGGGAAAUGAAGAAGGACGCCUAGGAAAUGAGAACAAAUUAUUCAAGUUUUAACAUCAGAAAUACGCAUUUUAUCAACAUGAGAGCAUCAGAUCUAGAAAAUUAUGCAGAUAUUAUUUUAUUUUCAAGUUUAAAAUCUAGAUUUUGGCGGGCAAAAUACACCACUAGGUCGUUUCUAAAUGUAAAAGGAUAUUGAACUAUGGAUUUUCAAAGAAAUUUCGAAAAAGGCAAGCUUUUGGGUGAAGCAAUAUCUGUUUUCCUCGUCUAUACCUACCAAGCUACGAUAUCUUAUUACAUACGCAUCCCUUCAAACUUUUGCGAUUCAUUACGAUAAUUGCGCAACGCCGGAAGUCUUUCUUCACAUCUGGCGGAGGAGCAAAACUAUAAGCUACCCCAGUCACUGUAUUACAACGCAGAACGACAUCGUUUUCGUUGGUAGAGUCUGCUCAAAAAUCAUCAAAUUUACAAGUUUUUUUGGUUCCUGGGAAACUAGCAUCCUUGUAAGAUUUUCCUGCAUUUCUAGUGGGCUUAGAAGCUAAAUCGCGAAAAAAAGGGUUACCAGCGCCUUCUUGAAACUUUGGUAAUGUAAACCAGACGUGCCUCGGACGUUUCUAGGCUUUUCUAGUGAUCCCUCUAGCGUCAGCGCUCUUAAGUGUCUACUAAGAAUGCUCAGAAAAAUCCGGUUUGGGUUAUCAAGGUCGCAGUCUUUGGUUAUUGAUUCCAUAUUCAUUGAGGUCCAUGGCUCUUCUAAACAGUCGAGGAAAGAAUAAUUAGGAAGAUUUUUUUUAUUUAUUCAGUGCCUGACUUCUGUUCGCCAAGUCUUUGAUGACCAUACGAGUGCCCCCUCAUCGAAUCGUGAACUUCUAGGUACAAAGGCCUGGCCCGACGCCAGAAGAGCAUCCACGGCGUGUCUCUCGACGGGUCGGACGCUUUUGAUCGCUCGCGUAGCGGUCCUCGCCUCCGUCAUCAGAAGACUCAUGACGGCGGGGCGCCUUCUCGUCAUCAAGAUGAAACGGAGAAAUUGUUGACUUCAGAGACCUCUGAUGUGUGA